AUGCUGCUUUUGCGGCGGCUGCUUGCGUCACGCGCCCAUGCGUCCCUUCUCUGGUCGCCGGCGUCGUGGGCGGCCGGCCGCCGCCACUGUCACGGACGCGAGCUGACGCACAAGCAAUGGCGCGGCCCCCGUUCGCGCAUCAUAGGCGCCGAGUACAGGGAGGCCUACCAGUCGGCGAGCGAGGAGCCCGACGCCUUCUGGCCCGACGUGGCUAAGAACCUCGUGUGGGAUCGCAAGUGGAUACGUGUCAUCGACGACUACAACAGGCCGUUCACCAAGUGGUUCCCAGGUGGUGAGAUUAGCGUCUGCUACAACGCCGUCGACCGUCACGUGGAGGCCGGGAAAGGAGACAACGUAGCCAUAAUAUACGACAGCCCCGUGACCAACGUGAUAGCCAAGAUCACCUACAAGGAGCUCAAGGAUCAGGUUUCCCGCCUGGCGGGCGUUUUGAAGAAAUGGGGAAUCCGCAAGGGCGACCGCGUGAUCAUCUACAUGCCCAUGAUCCCGGAGACCAUCUACGCCAUGCUGGCCUGCUCGCGCAUCGGUGCCAUACACUCGCUCGUCUUCGGAGGGUUCGCCGCCAAGGAGCUCGCCGUUCGCAUCAACCAUGCGCAGGCAAACGCCUGCUUGUCGGCCAACUUCGGCAUCGAGCCGAAAAGAACGGUGCCCUACAAGUCGAUCCUGGACGAAGCCAUCAACUUGUCCGCCUACAAGCCGAAGAAGUGUCUCAUCUUCCUACGGCCGGGACAGGACGACAUUUCCAUGACUCCCGGUCGUGACGAAGUGUGGCAAGAGGCCGUGGAUUUGGCGGAACCCGCCGACUGCGUGCCCAUCGAGGCCAUGGAACCUCUGUACAUUCUCUACACCUCCGGAACCACAGGUCUACCCAAGGCCGUGGUCCGUCCAGCGGGCGGCCAUGCGGUCAACUUGCUGUACACGCUGGAGAAAGUGUACGGCGUCAAGGACGACGACGUGUGGUGGGCCGCCUCGGACCUCGGCUGGGUGGUCGGACACUCGUACAUCUGCUACGCGCCCCUCCUCAAGGGAAUCACUACAGUCCUCUACGAGGGCAAGCCCGUGGGCACUCCGGAUGCGAGCAGCUUCUUCCGUGUGGUCAGCGAGCACGGCGUGUGCGGCAUGUUCACCGCGCCCACGGCCAUGAGGGUCAUCCGCAAGGAGGACCCUGAAGGACAGCUGGGAAAGAAGUUUCCUGGAAAAAAGCUGAGACACCUGUUCCUGGCCGGCGAGCGGUGCGACCAGGAGACCCUCCGGUGGGCCGAGCAUGCUUUCGGAGUCCCCACGCUCGACAACUGGUGGCAGACCGAAACUGGUUCUCCUGUGACUGCUACGUGCGUGGGACUGGGCAACACAACGCAAGUUCCAGACGAAGCGACGGGUCUACCCGUUCCCGGAUGGAACGUGAAGGUUUUGUUGGAAGAUGGCCUGGAAGCGGCUCCGAACCAGCUGGGUAACGUGGCCAUCAGAUUACCGAUGCCACCGGGAUCCCUAUCGACUCUCUUCAGAGCGGACGACGUAUUCGUUGUCAAGUACUUCGAAAAAUACCCGGGCUACUACGACACUAUGGACACCGGCAUGUUACAUAAGAACGGCUACGUCAGCAUCUUUUCGAGGAGUGAUGACGUCAUCAACGUCGCCGGCCAUCGACUGUCGACGUCACAGAUUGAGGAGGCCAUCAUGAAGCACGACGGCGUAGCAGAGUGCGCGGUCGUCGGCGUUCCGGACCCGAUCAAAGGAGAGGUUCCGCUCGCCCUCUUCGUUCUCAAAGACGACAAAUCGGAGUCACUGGAGAAGGUCCGCAAGGAAGUGAUCGAGAAGGUGCGGAACGAUGUCGGGCCCGUGGCAGCCUUCAGCCUCUGCACCCGAGUGCCCGCACUUCCCAAGACUCGCUCGGGCAAGAUACCCAGGAAGACCAUCUCGGACCUGGCCCGAGGGAAAGCCGUCAAGAUUCCAGUCACAAUUGAGGAUCCUCUGGUGUACAAGGCGAUAAAGGCGGCACUCUGCGAACUCGGAUAUGCAAAGGACGCACCCGAUCCAAAAUGAGCAAG